AACAGGAUAUAAUCAGGGCUAACCCGGUUAGCUUUUUCCUACCUCAGAAUCCUACUUGCUAACAGACCCUCGGUGAUUAUAAUGCACAUUUUUGGUUAAUUAUCCGCUUAAGAGCGAUACAGUUGUUACCGGUUUAAGUGUUUUCCCUUUUUCCCCGCGUGGAGGUCGGGUUUUUAGCGUCCUUCUCGCUGAAAAGUCGAUGUUGGGGCGAUGCUAACCGGUUAGCCCGGGGUUUCCGCCUCAGCUCGCCCCGGAGGCUGUUCUCUUGUUCCGCGCAUUCUUCGACCUGCUACCCGCUAAAACAGCCUCAUCCACACCACAGCUGAUCUCUAACGCUUAAUCAUCUUCAAAUUUAAUAUAUUAGGAAAUUAAAUACUCUCCAAAAUGAGGACUUGAGGCGUGUUUCUAGUUUAGCGGUCGGUUUUCCUCCAUCUCUGCCUCUUUUGUUUUGACAAAGGGAGGAAGAGGAGCCGAAUUUCUUAUUUUAUUUAUUCAUUUUUUCACUGUGCCCCACUUCAGGCGGGGAGCCGGCUUUACUGCUCCUCUCCUGUAGCGUUUGACCUCCAUGGCUCCGCACAAGCAGAGCUCCUCGGGUGGAGGCCACCACCAUGUGGGUUUCGGUUCUGGAGGAAAGACCAACGGGUUGUACCAGCCGCCCUCCGCUGCAGCCAAGAAGCCCAGCAUGCAGGAGAUCCAGGCCGACCAUGAGCUCUUCCUGCAGGCCUUUGAGAAGCCGACGCAAAUCUACAGGUUUCUCCGCACUAGAAACCUGAUCGCUCCUAUUUUCCUGCACAGGACGCUGACUUACAUGUCGCACAGAAACUCCAGGAGUAACGCCAGAAGGAAAACCUCCAAAGUCGACAAUCUGUUGUUCAAAGUGGAAAAGAUGAGAGGAGAACAGGAGACUGUCAGCCUGGCCUCUAACCUGCAGCUCACCUUUACUGGAUUCUUCCAUAAAGCUGGAAAACCGUCUCAGGAUAGCGAGAACGAGCAGACGUCCGUUUCUCUGGAGGUCCUGCUGGUUAAAGUGUGCCACAAGAAGAGGAAGGAUGUCAGCUGUCCGGUGAAACAGGUCCCAACGGGGAAGAAGCAGGUCCCUCUGAACCCAGACCCGAGCGCCGGAGUUCAGGUCAAAGCGGGCUCCCUCCCCACCCUGCUGGUCCCCAGCAGCGAGUUCGAACCCAGCAACUCCCACAUGGUCAAGUCCUACUCUCUGCUCUUCAGAGUAUCGAGGCCCGGAUGCUCCAGAGGACAGAUGAACGGGCUGAGCAACGGGGAGAACCACCACAGCAGAGAUUUUUCAGAAGAGUCCGUCAACAGGAAGAGGAGGAGCUCCUCUCUCAGGGAGGAGGGAGAAACCAUGUUUGUGGCUCAGAUGACGGUCUUUGAUAAAAACAGGCGUCUGCAGCUGCUGGACGGGGAGUACGAGGUGUCCAUGCAGGAGAUGGAGGAGUGUCCUGUGGGGAAGAAGAGGGCCACCUGGGAGACCAUUGUGGAUGGGAAGCGUUUGCCUCCAUUCGAGAGUUUCUCUCAGGGUCCGACGCUGCAGUUCACCCUGCGUUGGACCACAGAUUCCUCUGAUUGCUCCACGGCUCCUGUGGCCAAACCUUUGGCCACCCGCAACUCUGAUGCCAACCAGGACACCCGACCGAGCACACAGAGAGCCACACACACCCAGGCUGUGAAGGAAUCCAUGAGCACUGACGUUCCAACCAGGAGAGAGCCCAUCUCAGCGGAGCCCCGGCAGAAGCUACGGAUCGUCUAUCAUUUCCGGUACAGCAACAACAAACAUCAGACGGAGGCCAGAGACGACCUCCACUGCCCCUGGUGCACGCUGAACUGCAGGAAGCUCUACAGCCUGCUGAAGCACCUCAAGCUGUCGCACUCCCGCUUCAUCUUCAACUACGCGCCUGCACCUAAAGGAGCGAAUAUCGAGGUCUCCAUCAACGAUUGCUACGACGGCUCCUACGCAGGAAACCCGCAGGACAUCCACAACCAGCCCGGCUUCGCCUUCAGCAGGAACGGACCCGUCAAGAGGACCGCCGUCACCAGACUCCUGGUCUGCAGACCCAAGAGAACCGAACCCAGCCUGUCAGAGUUCCUGGAGCUGGAGGACAGCGACCGGGAGCAGAACCAGAGGACGUUCACCAGCGGACACAACCGGCUCUACUUCCACAGCGACAGCUGCAUGCCCAUGAGGCCCCAGGAGAUGGAGGAGGACAGCGAGGACGAGAGGGACCCCGAUUGGCUGAAGGAGAAGACGGUGAAGCAAAUCGAGGAGUUCACCGACGUCAACGAGGGCGAGAAGGAGAUCAUGAAGCUGUGGAACCUUCACGUCAUGAAGCACGGUUUUAUCGCCGACAACCAGAUGAAAGAGGCCUGCCUGCUGUUCGCGAAGCACAACGCCGCCGCCAUCGUGGAGCGAAACCUGUGCCGCAACUUCCUGCUGCACCUCAUCAGCAUGCACGACUUCAACCUGAUAAACACCAGGACCAUCAACGACGCCAUGGCCUGGAUCCACGACCUCCAGAACCAGUCAGCCAAGAGGGACAACGGCCAGGAGGAAGAGGAGGAGGAAGAGGAGGAGGACUGGGAGACGGCUGUGGAGUCUCAGCCGGAUCCGGAUCCCGAAGCUGCAGAGUUUAAACUCUGCGUCGAAGAGAACCAAAACAAGCUGGACGAGCAGUAAGAGGAGGAGGAGGAGGAGGCGCCAUGCAGCAGAACCAUGAACUGGAGCCAGAGACGGGAAGCUCCCAGUCUGCUCACACUUUGAACGCCUGUUUUUUUUUUUUUCUUUUCUCUAUGAUCCGUUGACGAGGCUUCAGGAAAUUUUCAGGAAUUUUAUUUUGGAUGUUUUUAAGGGUUUUAACUCUGAGGUGCUAAACUUUUCCAGGAGUGAAAAACAACCGCAGCCUGUUUGUUCUUCCACUAACGACCAAACUUGAAUCAGAGUCGAUGAAAUGAAUCCGAUUUCACGGUUUUUAUUUUCAGCCCGCGCUUCAGGGAUCAGAGCUGGAGGAAGAGGAGCAGCUCUCAGGCGCCGUGAUGUCACCGCCGACUCCUCCUCCAGGGAAAAAAAAAACUCAGCUUUAAAAAUGUCAAUAAAUUCUUUUAUUUGCUUUUUUUUUAUUUUUUUUUUGCAAAGCGAAGCCCUGAUGGAUCAGCUUAGGACGCGCCGUUAAAGUCCCGCCGUUUGGUUCUGGGUCGUGGUCAAACAUAUCCCGGUCCAAACUGGAACGUUCCGGUUCUUUUUGACCUCAAAAAAAAAGGAAAAAAUGAGCUGAACCUGAAGAAAAAGCAGCUUCCUGGUUUUUAUCACUGGUGCUAAAACGAGUUUCACUCCUCAGAGGCGACUGUCCCACAGCGCCACCUACUGCCAGCACUCCCAACAUUCUCUAAGCCCUGAACUGCCUGCAGCUCCCUGCUGUCUGAUCAAGGUGCUCCAUCGUCUCUGGACGUUUGUACAUAAAGCCGUAGGUGGGAACUAUUUAGCUUUUUCCUUCCUUCCAUGAAGCGUCGUGUUUGGUUUUAGCCUCCCGGACAAAAGGAGAUUCACUCUCUGCUUGCUCCCCCCCCAUUGUCUCUAACUUUAUUUUUUUUUUUUUUUAAGACUGCUGCAGCCAGAACCUCCUCCGCCUUUAGACAGUCUGGACGCUGAUGCUGCCUUAACACUUUAACCGACCCGGCAGAAGCGGCGUUAAAAAAAAACGACGCCGACCUGGAAAAGCUCCACUGAUGCCUCCCGAGUUUCCGCUUUAAUCCAGACUGACUGUUGUUUUUGUUUUUUAGCUUUUGACUGGAUCGUUUUGUUUUUGUUUCUUCACAACACCAGCAGCGUUUUGCACAAGACGGGAGGAGCCAUGUCAAAUAAUAAUAAUUAUAAUAAAAAUUAAAAAACUGGUCUAAAAUAUUGCUGUAAAAAAAAAAAAAAACAGAAAAAACGGCUUGAUGAUAUAAACUGUGGAA